CGAUGUGAUACGUAUCAUGCGAAAAGGCCUCCCACGCAGCUAUGACGAUAAUUUAGACACGUCAACGUCAUCCGAAGAGGAAUCGUUACUCACCCCAGAUCUCGAUCUACUAAAUCUAAGGGUGCCGAUUUAUCACGAUAAAACUCGAGCUGCCGCCGCGCGACGACGAGUUGUAAAACGAUCAGAUGAGGAGUCUCAUCCGCCAAAUCUUCUCGACGAAUUUCGCCUUCUGAAAGCUAGAAAUUCACCCGAGAAUACCACCAAGCCUAAAUCACUCCACAAGGACGACCUGUCGUCAAACAUUUCUCUGCAGCGAGCAGCGAGUCUUCAAUGUGUUUCUGGAAAGGCAUUGCACACGAGCAAGUAUGAGCACCAGGUGACUUUUGCGGAAACGGGAUAUUCGAGCGACGAAAGAGUCGCGCAUAAAUCCGACCUGAGAUUUUGGAGGAAGGGAACGCCUCGCAUCAUCAAGGCGAUUCGACAGCACAGCAAGAAGGCUAUCCCCGAAGACAAACCGGAGCCCUCGCCCCGCCCGAACGGAGAUAACAGCAAGAGUAGCGUCGUUGUUCUCUACCACAACAAGCUACCUGCGCCUACGCCAGAUCCCUCUUCAAAACCCAAACUCAGGGUUUCCCAUUCAGAGGACUCGGUGGCCCAAACCCUCUCUCCUACAUUUUGCCCACCUAGGGGCAAGCUUCAGUCUCGACUUCAGUCCCAUGCCAAAACCGCAGAGACGCUACCGUCAAAAACACCGACUCGUCACAAGAGGACUGCACUGCGAAGACAGCGCAGAAGGACAGAGGAGAUUCGUCGUAAUUUGUCCAUUCAGCGGAACCCAGUGGAACUAAAGAGUGUGAGAGUUCAGGAACGACGUUGCGAAGGUCAAGAGACUUCUUCCCGUCUGUCGACGGUUGCUUUGGACAAGAGUGUCAAGGAUCGCGAGUCGUCCAGAAUCGCACAGGAAAACGCAGGAAGUCUAAAUUACCGAGCGAGAGGGCGAUGUCGCCCGUUUGAUAAACCCGGUUGUACUCCAAGGCAAAUGGCUCAUCGUGCCAAUUUGGGAAGACAAAACAGUGCAGAGCCGCACCCGUUCAUGAACGGAAGUCACAAUCUGAGUUAUCUGAUGCAACACAUGCAAAAUCAUCCUCCAAAAGAAAACGGUGACAGUCGUGGAUUGAUCGACGUUAAGAGCGACGAGGCAAGGCGGGUAUUUCCAUUUCAGGCAACGCCCAGCGGAAACUUGAAGAUCAUUCCAAACCAGGUCGUGUUCGAGUCGAAGAAGGUUAGCGUACUUGUCGCGGAUCCCAGGCAUACGAAAGUGAAUGUCAAGGCCGAGCUGAGUCGACAGGGUGUUGACGUUGGAAGGUCGGGUGUGGACGCGAGUGGACAGGAGCCACCUCCGGGAAUCAGUCACUCGACAGCUAAUCAGCUCCAGGUCCAUCAAAACUUGUCCCACAUCGAGGGGGAAUACAGGCCGAGAACCCAGCCGCACAGAUCCACGCAUCAUCACGGUGAGAUGGACCAGCAUCCCUCCAAUCAAGGGGCAGCCUCGCACGCGAUGCCGACCAACGACACACCCCUGGCAGCGUUGGGCUUCAACGGGGAGCAGCCGAUCGACUGGGAGAACAUAAUCCUGCCGGAGAAAACGGAUCUGUACCAGGAACUGGCGAGGCGUAUUACGAAUUACAAGAAUGCAGAUUGCAUAAUACGACUCGGCCACGACGAGUUCCACUGUCAUCUCUUGGUUCUACAAAGCUACAGUACAUUUUUCGACGAAAAGAAUUACAAAGAAGUCGAUUUAACCGGGAGCAGCGUGACGUCGAAGGCGUUCUCUAUAAUAUACGACUGGAUGAUCAGCCCAACCUGCGAGAGCUGCCAUCUACUCAGAAGGGACAAUAUAUUGGAGAUUUUCACAGCUGCUCAGUACCUCGGAGUCAAAGAGCUGGAGGAACAGUGCUGGGCUUUUAUUGACAACGAUGAAUUGUUCUGCGAGGAUACAGCCUUCCUGCUCUACUUAGAAUCGCGAAAGAUCGGAAACACCGCGGUAAUGGAAUUGAUGGUCCCCAGGAUCAUGAAGUUCUUCCUAAUGCUUGUGAGCACCAAGGAUUUCCUUGAAUUGUCGGUCGAAGAGCUGUGCUCGCUUCUGCGUUCGAAUUAUAUCUGCGUUAACAGUGAAAUGGAAGUCCUAAUGUCGGCCGUACGCUGGCUUAUGCACGACUGGGAAGGAAGAAGACAACACUUGCUCGAGGUUCUAAAAUGCGUGCGAUUCGGUCUCAUCGCCCCUUGGCAACUGGUUGACGUCAAACGAAACCCCGAGAACCCAGAAUUUAUGGAACUAAUGUCGUAUCCAGAGAUUCAAAAAAUGGUCGAUGACGGGCUCGCAUUCGUGAUAAUAAAAUACUGGUACGGGAAUCAAACCGAGGAUUACUACCACUGGAUAGAUCUGCUGGGUCUGACGGAACCAACGAACAGAAACUGGGCUGGCGAAGACAAGAACUACGUCACGUAUCGAGAGUUUUUACUAUACUUGGAGGAGUAUCAGCAAACGCGGAUGCCAGAAUUGAAGGCACCGCGAAAGCCAAGGACGAAACCGACCCCGCCCAGCUCACCGCCAAAGGAUUGUCCGUCCCCGCCACCUUCCAGGACACGUGCGGGUUUUACAGGCCAAAAUCACGCACCUAUGGAGGGAGGCUCAUCCGGAGCUACCCCGAAUAAUGUUAAUAACAACCCUGGAAGUCGCAACAGUCUUUCGAAGCACCCGCCAGGUACGAAUCCGCCAAAAAUGCCAGUGCCAGCGUAUCUCCCACCCGGAACACCGGCCAGCAUGAUGGUACCGCCAGAAAUUUUGAACGAGUACCUCAGCAGUAUGGACAGAAACGCCAAGGGGGAGGGUAAAAAUUACGAAAAUCCGGAAAUUGGCCCGGAGACCAGAGAUCACAAGUGCAAUUUUAUCGAAGCGGGAGAGCCAAACGCGGCAGUAUGCAACUUGCAGAAUGUUAUGGAUAGGCCAGCGAUGUUCCAGCGCAUCCAUCCCGAAGGAUGUGUAACGGACGAGGGAAGACUGCUCAGUAACGAUGGAAUCGGUAUGGAGGAGCAUCAUUUGUACUGUUACCAGCAACCUCACCUCGUCUACACAGCAGAGAGGAAGUGUCAUCACUUUGAUCAGCAGAUGCAGCAGCAGCUUCUGCGACGUCAUAAAAAAUACGAGGUCGAGCUCGUAGAGUCUUCCAGAUCCGAGGAGGAGGCUGCAACUACUAUUCAAGCAGUUUACAGAGGGUACAAGGCCAGAAGACGGUUCGACGAAAUCAGGAAAACCUCUUCCGAGGAACGUCAAAAGACCAAACGAGUUGCGGAGCUGCUGGCUAUGCCGAUUGUAAAGAAUUUGCACAAGCCACUUGAACCAGUUAAAGUGUCGGCCGGGUUUAAUUUUCAAAGGCAAAACUCAAACGACCUCAAGCAGCAGUCUUGCCCGAGUCCGCGAAAAACGAAGGAUGAAUUACUGAACGACAAUGCAGGGCAGCUUCAAGCGGAGGAAAACGAGCGGGUGAACUCGGAGAAGGACUUUGAAGGGAUAAGUUUCGACGUGAUUUCACCCCGGCCAACUCCUCGUGGUAUUAAAAAAUCUCGACAAGCCGAUUUGCAAGUGGAAAAAAGCUCCACGAAUUUCAUCGAGCCCAUAAACCCCAUCGAAACCAUAAAAUCACCGACAUUCUUUCACGGCUGGGACGAGAGGCUGAGCUCAGUUACACCCUCGGUAAACACCGACACAGAUGAUCCGUUUUCACCGAGAAUGGUGGAACGCUCUACCAUCGAUCUGCAAACCACACGGGAAUCUCUUCGCCAAAGCGUCGAGUUCAACGAUGAAAUUACGCGAACGGGGAACAAUGAAAAUUUACCAAAACCGAAGGCUAGAGGGGUCUACAUGCAGAGUGUCUCUGGUUUCAACAGCCAGUUAUCACAGCGAAUGAGCCUCAGCCUUCUUGGCUCCCAUUCGAAGCACUAUUACCAGCAAAAUUCGUUGUUCUAUCCGGAUCGCGAGUCAGUUUUGGUAUUGGGUGGGAUAGAUACACACGAGGAGUACGGUUGCACCGGAAAUACCGGAAAGGACAUGUACAGAUUCAAGCCCGAAGAGAACAGCUGGGAAUUCGUCGGCGAGAUUCCUGAACCGAGGCAUCACCAUUCCGUGGUGUAUUUGAAAGGACGUGUCUACCUAGUGGGUGGAGCCGAUCCCAGAGAGGAUGAUAUCCAGAAGAAAAGUCCAGUCGUCGGAACGGUCUGGAGCUACGAUCCUGCCGGUAGAAUUUGGUUCAACGAGCCCGGGAUGUUGACGCCCAGGCAGAAUUUCAGCCUGGUCGUUAGUCACGGGAAAAUGUUCGCCAUUGGUGGACAGGACAGGAACGGGAUGGCGCUUAGGACCGUUGAAUCGUUCGACCCGGUUGAGUGCGUUUGGCGAAAAGUACGACCGAUGUUCACCGCGCGGAUUGGACCGGCCAGUGCGAAGUAUCAAAAUCGUAUCUGGGUCGCUGGAGGAAUGACCAAAUCGAAAAAGGAGCCCCUAUCCAGAGAAGUUGAAUGCUAUGACCCAUUAGAAAAUUUAUGGUUAAAGGCAGCGGCACUCCGUUCACCGCGGUGUUUCGCCUCCAUGUACGUCGUUUCGGGUUGUCUCUACGUUAUCGGGGGUGCCGGGAAAAGUCCGAAGGUGGAAAACGGGACGGAAAGCAUCGACAGCAUCGACGUCUGGGAUCAGGACGGCUGCACGUGGUGCCUGCAGGCUUCCAUGGCGAUAGCUCGCCACGGUCACUCGACGAGUUACAUAGGAGGGCAGCUCCUGAUAAUCGGCGGCGUCACGACGGUCUACAUGGGGACGUUAAAGAGCGUGGAAUGUUACUGCUGCGAGCGUGCCAAUUGGAUAAAGGGAGUGGCGUCCCUGCCCUACGCAAUAUCGGGCCAUGGAAGCGUCUCCCUUCCCCCCGUGAACCUUCUCAUCGAGCCUUAGCCCCCCUCCCCCUCGUCGCCCGUGCCCACGAAGAUAAAUUUAUUUUCACUAUACUCACGGGACAAUUUCGCCUGAAGUUCUAUUGGGCGGCUUGCGGUUCGUAGAUCUAGAGAUUUGGAGUUCAAAUCGAUGCACAUCAUUCGCAAGGAACAGAUCGCGACGAUGAUUUUAGGUGAAAUUGCUCCAUGUUUUGAUGGGCGGGUCAGCGGGCGAAGAGUCGACGAGCUGUUUACGUAUCGGA